UGCUAUACUUAUUCUGAUAAAAUUCACAAUUUCCUGAGCUAAAUUUUUCUGACUUGAUUGUUUGAUUUUGUGAUAUUUAUGGCUAUUAGGAUUAUAUCAAGGAAGUGCACACAAGCUGUUUGUUUUAUGUUCCUCAUGGUUUUGCUUUUUUGUGUUUGUGAGGGACAAGACUCUUCUUCAUUGUCACCAAUGGAUGAGAAAGAGAAGCAAGUCGUCUACAAUGUGAUUCAGGGUUUUGUAGGAAAAUGGUGGAAUGGUUCAGACCUUUAUCCAGAUCCUUGUGGCUGGACUCCAAUACAGGGAGUUUCAUGUGAACUAUAUGAUGAUGGAUUCUGGUAUGUAACUGUUGUGAACCUUGGACAAGUUUUUGACAACUCUCUCAUAUGCAGCAAUGAUGCUAAAUUCCCAGAACAACUAUUCAAGCUCAAGCACCUCAAAGUUCUCUCAUUAACCAGUUGCUUUCUUUCACCUAACAAAAAUCCAGUUACACUCCCAAUUUCAGGUUGGGAGAAGUUCUCAGAAAGUUUGGAAUCUUUGAUACUCAGAUCAAACCCUGGUCUUGUUGGCACAAUUCCAUCCACAAUUGGAAGCCUUAGAAGCCUUCAAUCUCUUGUUUUGCUGGAAAAUAGUCUCACAGGUGAAUUGCCACGAAGUAUUGGCAAUUUGGUUAAGUUGAGACAACUAGUCCUUGCUGGAAACAACUUGGUUGGUGAGGUUCCAAUAACUUAUGGAAGCUUUUCUGAGCUUUUGAUAUUUGAUGCAAGCAGGAACAAUCUUUCAGGUUCACUACCACCAAUAGUUGGAUCUUGGAGUUCACUUCUAAAGCUUGAUUUGAGCAACAAUGUGCUUGAAGGGUUGUUGCCAAUGGAGCUUGGAAGGCUAAAGCAUCUCACAUUACUUGAUGUGAGUCAUAACAAACUUAUUGGUGGUUUGGCUGAGACAAUCAAAGAACUUGUUUCCUUAAAAGAUAUGGUCUUGUCCAACAAUCCAAUAGGGGGUGAUCUCUUGGGAACAAAGUGGAGAAGUUUCACAAAAGUUGAGACUUUGGACCUUUCCAACAUGGGUUUGGAAGGUAGUGUGCCAGAGUCCAUAACAGAAAUGAAAAGGCUAAGGUUUCUUGACCUUAGCAACAACAACCUUAAUGGAAGUCUCUCUAGGAAUCUUGAGAACCUGCCAUGUCUUAAAGCUCUUCAUGUCAAUGGAAACAACUUGACAGGGAGACUUGAAUUCUCACAAGAGUUUUAUGGGAAAUUGGGAAGGCGGUUUGCUGCUUGGAACAAUAAUGAAAACUUGUGCUACGUUGCCAAACAAGUGACACCAGUGCCUUAUAGUGUGAAACCUUGUUUACAGGAAAUAACUAAUUCUGAGGGAGUUUCAACAGUUGAGAAUUUUGAGAUGAGUGAAGGGAGUUAUGAUGAGGAUUCCUUUGUAGAAACCUCUUUUGGAAUUUCAAGUUUUGUAUUCAAUGAUGUAUGGUUGAUUCUUAGUGUAAAUGUAGUUCUUACUGUGCUGCUGUGGAAUUUGUCAUUUUAGGCUAAUUUCAGAGAAAACUGAUACCACCACAUGUGUUACUAUUACUCUAGAGAAGUAAACAAUAUUAACUAUUC